AUGCAUUUCUCUACCACCUCACUUCUCGCGGUUCUUACCGCCUCUUUUGCUUCUGCGACACAAAUGCAGAUCAAUUAUUAUAAAGAUGCGUGCCAGAACUACGCCGGUCAAGUCAAUGUGAACUGGGCAACCAAACUGCAUGGAGGCCCCAAUAACUGUUACAACUAUCAUUUCGCCCAAUGGGCAAACGUUGCCAAUUGCUUCGAAAACAGUUGUACAUGUAUCUUUUACAGCCAAAGCAACUGCCAGGGAGGAGCGUUGACACAGUCCAGUAAUGGAGGCCAAAACUGUGUUGCGGUGCAAAAUGCCCAGUCUUUUGCAUGCUACUAUACCUAA